AUGUCUCUGCCUUCUGUCAUGAUCAGGAGCAUCAGGAACAGCGCCAGUCCCUGCUUCUGUCUCCGGUGGCUGUGCCAGGCUGAAAGAGCAGACGCAUCGUUCUCUAGUCUGCAGCAGGGCGCCCUCUGCUGCCCGAAGAAGGGAGUUUUUUGCUGCAAAGAACUGAGCUCUGCGGAAGACCUGUUCAAGAAGCUGCUUCUGAGUUUCUCAGAGACUCCUCCCGGCAUCGCUUGCACCUGCAGCCUCCCCACAUCCUGGUACCACCCCGAGAGUCCCUCUCCCCUCACUCGGCAUCCUACUGGGCCCAUCCCAGCGACACAGCCUGAAAACCCUGGGCACUUUGCCAUCAACUGCUUCCCAGACACAGACGCUCCGGCGCUUCCAGCUCUGGGAAUCCGUGUCUACCCUGCUUCCGGAUCACUUCUUCGUCUGCUGGUGGACUUUGGGGACGGUUGCGGAGCUGAGAUGAGACUGUGUCCAAUGACAGGCGCAGCUGCAGUGACUAGCUGCCACCGGUACAGGAAAGGCCAUCAUACGUCUGCUUUGUCUUCUUUUCCAGAAGGAGUCUACAAGCUCAGGGCUGUUGUCCAUGACGUCCACGGAUCUGAUGUGGAACUGGGGCCGUACUACAUGAACAUUGGCCAUGAGAACGUGUCUGUAUUCAUGAACUCCAGCUCUAUCCACGAGGGUGAAGCCCUCUCCUUGGCCAACUCCCUCCCACAGCAGAAAGGCACAGUCGUGACGCAUGGCUUUUCUUCUGUGUCCUCAUACAACGUGUCCUUUGUUUCUCAGCCCCCAGUGGGCAGCGGCCAGGCUUGGCUUGGUGUGACUGUCGGGUAUAAGAUGCAGCCUGUGUCCAUCUACACCAACGGAACUGUGUUUGCUGCAGACACAGACAUCACAUUUGUGGCUGUUACCAAGGAAACCAUACCCCUGGAGUUUGUAUGGUAUUUCGGAGAUGACCCACCCGUGAGGACAACUUCCAGAAGCCUUAGAAGAAGGCUGAGCAUCCCUCAGCGGUACCACGUGAUGGUCGAGGCCAUCAGCCGGAUGGGCAGUGUGGCCUCUGAGUCCCACCUCAUCAGGGUACAGAAGAGAAUCACGGCCAAUCGGCUCAUGUCCCCGGCCUCAGCCCUGGUAAAUGCCAACGUGUCCUUUGAGUGCAGGCUCAACUUUGGCACGGAUGUAGCCUAUCUUUGGAACUUCGGAGAUGGUACCACCGAGGUGGGCAGCAGCUCCUCCAGCCAUGUUUACAGCAGGGAGGGUGAGUUUACAGUUGAAGUCCUGGCCUUCAACAAUAUCAGCUCCGCCGUUCUAAGGAAGCCGCUUUUCAUCGUGCACGAGCCUUGCCAACCACCUCCGGUGAAGAACAUGGGGCCUAAGAAGGUUCAGAUAUGGCGCUCUCAGCCCCUGAGACUGGCAGUGACACUGGAAGCUGCAGUCCUCUGUAACAUUUCCCAAGGGCUUUCCUACACCUGGACCAUUGUGGACGCUGAGGCGACUGCCGUCACCCUCCCUGCUGCCCUCAACACCCUUGGGCAGACCAUCGUGCUCCCUAGCUACACCCUAGAGUGUGGGAACUACACUGCCACGGCCAAGGUUCAGAUCAAGGGAAGUAUGGUGUAUAGCAACUACUGUGUUGGUGUGGAGGUUCGAGCCAGGGCUCCUGUCAGCGUGAUCUCUGAAGGCACCCACAUCUUCAUCCCCAGGACCACCACAACCUCCAUCAUCCUCAGAGGCUUCCAGUCCUAUGACCCUGACAACCCUGGGGCGGCUCUCAGGUAUCACUGGACUUGCACCGCAGCCAGCUCACCAAGGUGGUCCUGCUUUGAGGACUCUACUCCAUACCAAGUAGACACUCAGGCUCCUGCCAUUUCCUUCCCAGCAAAAUGGCUCAGUGGGUGCUGUGACCAGUUCCUUGUGACCCUGAUAGUCUCCAGCAAUGGGCAGAACUCUUCUCAGGCCUUGAUAUUCCUGUCCACCCGUUCAGACCCGGACUUCAGAUUCGUCUACAUCUCGUGGGUCAACUUUAAAGACAUCCGUGUAAACUGGAAUGAAGAACUGUCUCUCCGAGCUGUGUGUGAAGACUGUGACGAUAUACCCGACCUCACUUAUUCCUGGGAUCUCUUCCUGGUCAAUGCGACAGAAAAGAAUACCGUGGAAGGGAGUUUUGGCAGCCAAGCCUCCACGGCCUCUGUUCUGUUUCGCUUCUUGUGUUUCCAGGACUAUGUAAGGUACUGCAUACCUCAGCCCCGAGGUGGCAAUGGUCAGUCCAAACUCUCAGACAAUAUCUUCGCCUCGCAGGUAGACAUGCUUAUCACUGUGAGGCUGCUGGGCGCUUCAGCAUCCGGGGCCAUUCUGAAGUUGUCUCAGUCAGACCUGCAAUCAAGCCCAAGAGGAUCCCCGACACGACACUCACCAGAGCGGUCACCCAUGCCCCCGAGCUGGACAGCUCUUCACAACCUGGGAAGCAUUUACUCUGAGUCCGCAGCGGGAGGACACCACAUUUCUGCAGUGGUGGGUCCCAUGGCAGGCUCCGGGGAGCCCAUGGAGGACUCCAGCUCACUGAGUCCAGCUCCAGGUUCCCUGGAUGAGGAAGCUUUGAAGAUGGGCGCCCCAGAGGGAAGCUGGCUUCCUUCUAGCUCCUCCCCUGCCUUUGAUGAUUUUGAAGCCUAUUAUAGUGACAUCCAAGAAGACGUGCCGUCCCCUGGAAGACAGCCAGGGACCGGUACCAACUUCCAGGAAUCGGGACCAAGCAUGAAUGCCCAGGAGAGUGCCAGUGAUGGGGACAAUCUGCUGGGCCCUUUCCUCCACACAGGCAGAGCAAAGCCGGCUCUCAUGAUUGACUGGCCCAAGGCCCUGGUCAGCCGAGCUGUCUUCCACAGCUACACCUCCUCAGGUAUCAUGGGACCGGAUGUGACAAUAAGACCAUUCUCACUGAGCAGUGGCGAGAUGUAUGUCUUUCAGGCGUCUGUAGCUUCAAAAAAGGCCUUACUAGGCAAAGCUCAGCUCUACAUAACGGUCAACCAGGUCCCACAGGACAUGUCCUGUCAGGUGCGACCCCACAGUGGUAUGGAGGCCCAUACCGUCUUCAGUGUCUUCUGCAUGUCAGGGAAACCGGACUUCCAUUAUGAAUUUCGCUACCGGGUAGGAAACACUUCUCCACACACCCUGUACAGCGGACGAGAUACCCAGUACUACUUCCUAUUGCCAGCUGGUGAGACCUCAAACAAUUACAAAGUCAUUGUUUCUACCGAGAUCACAGAUGGCCAAGGCUCCAAGGUGCAGCCGUGCAGUGCGGAAGUGACUGUGCUACCCCGUUACCAGGGAAAUGACUGCCCUGACAAGGACCUAUACGACUCCACCCUGGACACCCUGUCUUCUCUCCAGCUGGUGGGAAGUUACACGGAAGUCAGGAACUACAUCGCUAUGACCACUGUGAUCCUGAGCCGUUUGUAUGUGGAGAGCAGAAACACAUCCACCUGUAGCCUAUGGUCACAGAUACAGGACGUAUUGAUUUCUUCAGCAUGCAGAGUUCCUUUAACGGACCAGGAAGCAAUGGUGGACUCUAUUCAUAUACUGAGAGACCUCAUAAGCUUCCCUAAUAAGUUGAGCUCCAUGAGUGCUGUGUACGUUCUCGAAUAUGCACAGAUGCUCCUGGCCCAAGGUCCGUUCUCCAGGGAGUUGCUGGUCAACAAAAACCUGGGAGUUGAGCUUAUCCUUCUCAUCUCUGGAGUCUGGGAAGCUGCCAAGGAAGACGGGAGAAAGGAGGACUCUCUGCAGGAAGAAGGCAUGAAGAUAAUCUCUGACAUGUUACUAACCUGUCUCUCCUUGGGCCACCAACAUCAACUUCACAUAAGCACUGGGAAGAUGGAGUUCUGGACCCUGCUCCAUCACAGCUUCCAGAAGUCUAGUCAGAACCUGGGCUUCAUCUGGGUCCAUUUCCCUGGCGACCUGGCCUUGCACCGUCCUGCUCAAGAGGCAUCCCAAAGCCCAUGCUACAUCAGCCAGCUCAUGUUCUUCAUGAACAGCCCUUACCCAGAGGGACGAGCUCCUGGACAGGUGGGCAGCGUGGUGAGCCCUAGACUCUACAGCUGCAAGAGCAGAAGCCCCAUUCUCAGAGGACGGCUGGAGACACCUGUGACCGUGGAGUUUGGGGAGGAAGACUACCUGGUAAAGACAAGACAUCCAACCGUGUUCACCUUGCUUCGGGAUGAGGUGAAUCUCCACCGGUUCACCGGGCUUUCUGAAAAUCCCCAGGAAACCUUACAGAUACGCAUCAAAUUCUUGAAUCCCAGAAGAAGAGCCUUCCCCGUCAUGCUGCUAGUAAGGUUCUCCAAGAAGGCCACGCCUUCGGAUUUUCUUGUGAAGCAGGUGUACUUCUGGGAUGAGCAGACUGUGCAAAUUUAUGUACCUGCUCUUCCGUGGAAAGGAGCCGAUGUGGGGUAUCUGUCCCUGCUAGAUGCUGAUUAUGACAGGAGACCUCCAAACAAAUACCUUGCUGGUGCAGUAAACUACACAGUGCAUUUCCAGUGGAUCCAGUGUGUGUUUUGGGACAAGACAGAGUGGAGAUCCGAAGGUCCCUGUCCGCAGUCUGGAACUUCUCCUGAGAGAGUCAACUGUAGCUACCAUCGCCUGGCGCCUUUCUCUGUCCUCAGAAGAAAGCUGAAUGCCACUUUCGAAGUGAGCAGCAUUUCUGAGUUCCGGAGUGACCCACAUAAUUUGCUUCCCGGGAUUUUCAGUGUGUUUCUCUUGGUUCUUUAUGGAAUCCUGGUGACUAAAAGCAGAUGUAUACAUUGUCACAAGAAAAGGAAACCUGGCUGUAUUUUUCUGGAAGGAGACACCGCACCUGGCCACCAGCUGUAUGCAGUCAUUGUUGACACUGGCUUCCGGUCACCAGCCCAAUUUACAUCAAAGGUCUUCAUUGUUUUAUGUGGUGAAAAUGGACUCUCAGAAACCAAAGAACUCUGCUGCCCAGAGAUGUCCUUAUUUGGAAGGAAUUCCAGGCACACCUUUAUACUGAGCACCCCUAACCAGCUGGGUCCACUCCAGAAAAUCCACCUGUGGCACGACAGUAGUGGACCGGCCCCAAACUGGUUCGUCAGUCACGUGAUGGUGAAGGAACUACACUCAGGCCAAGGCUGGUUCUUCUCUGCCCAGUGCUGGCUGGCUGUGAGCCUAUGUGAUGGCCGUGUGCAUAGAGAACUCUUCUGCCUGCGCCGUGGUCUAGGCUUCUGGAAGCUUUUCUAUGCCAAGUUCACGGAGUACCUGGAGGAUUUCCACAUUUGGCUCUCACUGUACAGCCAGCCCCCCUCCAGCAGCUACCUGCACACACAGCGGCUUGCCGUGGCCUUCUGUCUCCUGUGUGUCUAUUCGUGCCUCACUGCCCUGGUCACUGUGGGAGUCCAUGAACAGCGCCCGCUGGAUGUGGGUCCCACUCUGGAAUCCUUCCGUCUGGGUCUCCUGUGCACCUUUCUGGCCUGUCCAGCUGCCCAGCUAUUGUCUCUGCUCUUCAGGUUCAGCAAGCACCCUGCAUCAGACAUUCUCCCAGGAACUGACAGAGCUUGGAGGAUGGCAGCCAAUAGCAGUGGUGUGACCUGUUCACCCUUUCUUGCUCCGAGAGAGAAGAGCCACCACCCUCCUCCCAGUUCACAAGCUCCCAGCAGUGGUUUUGAAGGGCGUAUGCUCCAGUGGUCAAGGGUCUGUCUGCGCUGGUCAAGCUCUGUGGUCUGGGCCAUUUGUGGGUUGACGUCCCUGGCCUGUGGCUUGGGGACAGGAUUCCUAGGCUACAGGUUUAUGACAGAGCAGUGUAUACAGUGGCUGUACCUGCUGCUUCUCUCUGUGGUCUGCUGCGUAUUUGUCACCCAGCCACUCAUGAUCUGUUUGGCAGCGCUGGCCUUUGCUUGGAAAAAGAAACAUGACAGUCAGUUUUUUACUGAGUCUUUACGAGAUGCAACCAAGAAUCUAGACUUGGAAUUGGAAGAAUACUCCAGAACCCACCUUCGUCUUUCUCCCAACUCCCAUAGUCCUGACAGUGCUGAGGAGGCCGAAAGGGUCUUGGCUGUGCGACAACGAGACCACCACCUGCGCUGGGCUCAGCCACCAUCCAGGGCCAAGUUCAGAGUGACCAGGGAGAGACUGAGGAAAGAGAACCGGAUGCAGGCAGCACUGAGAGGCAUUUCCACGCACAGUCUCAUGUUGCUGCUGCUUUUGUUUAUAACACAUGGGAGAGUCUGCCCGGGUGAAUAUUCUCUCAACCAAGCCAUCAGGAAGGCAUUUACAAGAAAUGCCAGACACUCCUUUGGGAACUUGAACAGCACAGACGACUGGUGGGACUGGACUCUGAGCAUGUUGCUGGACGGGCUGCACCCAGAAGGACCCUCUGCUGGAGCCCUGGGGGCUCAGCCUGCAGCUCUCGGAGGGCAGUGCCACCUCAUAGGCCCUGCGGUGAUCAGGCAGCUCAUGGUUUCUUCUGGUACUGCAUGCACGCCUCCCAGGCCAGUCUCAGAACCCACGGAAGAUGUACCACCUACGCUGAAUCACAACCUUGACCUUGAGAACCUAAAAGUGACCCCUAGUAGUCCUGAGGCCUGUGGGGCGAUGAAGAAGAUCUCCGUGUACAGCCUAGGAAGAACAAGGCAUGAAGUCGACGUAGCCCUGACUGCCCUCAGGACCAGCAGGUGGGUGGACCACUGCACCAGGGCCGUGUCUGUGCACUUCACUCUCUACAACCCUCCCACGCAACUCUUCACCAGUGUGACCCUAGGUGCAGAGCUUCUCCCCACGGGAGGUCUUGUCCCCUCAUCCCUGGUCGAGUCAAUCAGCAUCUACGGUGACUCAGCCCCACGCUACCUUCUUGUGCUUUCUGAGCUGGUGUUCCUAGUCCUCAACGUGACCCACCUCUGUUUCCAGCUCUGGGGAAUGACCACCAAGGGCGUCCUCAGCUACUGGAGGAAACCAAGACACUGGCUGGAGCUCUCUACGGUUGGGGUAGCCCUGGCCUACCAUGCAGCCUCUGGUCACCUCACUAGCCUUGCCGAGAAUGUCACUGACCAGUUCCACAAAGGACUUCACCAGAUGUUUGUGGACCUAAGUCUGAUGAUGUCAUGGAAUCAGAGGGUAAGAUGGCUCCGGGGAAGCCUGCUGUUCCUCUGGAUGUUGAAAUGUGCUCACCUCCUCGGCCUCCUAAGCAGCAGGGCAGCCUUCGCCGCAGUGAUGCGUUCGUCUCUCUCCAGAGCCCUGGCACCCGCACUGUCAGGGGCCCUGUCGCUGGCUGCCUAUUCCCACCUGUGCCGGUUUCUGCUCUUCACCGGGACGCCAUCACCCGACACCUCUACAGACGCAUUUCCUGAGCUGCUGCUGCUUCAGUUUCUGGGAAGAAACCAAAAGGACUCACUGCGCAAUCGCUUGGAGUCUGGGCAUCGAGCCGUGGCUUGUUACUGCGGGGCCCUGUUUCUGCUGUUGGCCGCUCUGUGUUUCGGAAUGCUGAGGGCUUCCCUCCUGACUUUUUUCCGAAAAGGAAAGUCUUCUCAAAGAAAAUCUCAUGUGACACUUACAAAUGUCGCUGUUUAUGCAUGGCAUAAAGUCCUCGCCAUUUUGGGACUGGAAACAACUCUGGAGGAGACUGAGGUGGCUACAGAUCAGAAUUAUUACCUGGAUGAAUUUUCAAGCCUAUUGGAUGAACUUCUGCUAAAGAUUGAUGGUUUGUCUGAAAGCCUAGAACUCUCUAGCCUAGAAAACCAGUGGGGGAGGACAGUGGAGCCAAGGACAGAGGACAGUCCUCUCGUCGGCAUUCCAGGGUACCAUGCUACUGCGACAAGAGAAUGGCAGUAAAGACAAGACUAUCCUAGACAUCAGGUUUCUCCAGCUCCCGGCCAUCUUCUUCGCAGCUGUGUUUGCAAGGUGAACACUCCACACAAGAUACCUGCUGAGCCCAGCUUCCAGCCAUCCUGAGCUGCUCGUUGCUUGUGAGAUUCCGGCCUCACUGUGACCCUGAAACAUGUGUUUCCAUGCUACCAAGCUCUUGGGCAUGGGAGGGAAGGCAGAGGUUUCUGCUUUCAGAUCCUGUAAGCUGGAGUCCUUCUGGAAGCUUCAGAACCCUGAAUUCUACAAGAUCACAGUAAUGUGCCUAUAUCUGUAAGCAGUGUCUCCUCCACAGCCACAGGCAGGAUGUGUGGCGAGGACAAGCUCACCCAGACACAGAGACAAAACCUGCUUGAACUGUAAGCCACGUUCAUGACGUCAUGGUUGCGUGAGCAAAGACUUGCUCCUUAACAGCACAAUACGCACUUCCAUAUAUUUUUUGCUGUGAAAUGCUCAGGCAGACUGUGUCCUAUAGAUACAUUGGCAUAGGAAACUCAGCCAGCCAGUGGCUGCAGAGAAUGUUAUGUGUAUAUUACCAGCAUAAACUGCCUUUAUGAUUUGAACUGAUGGGCGCUCCUGGAUAGAAUGUGUACCCCAUCUGCCUUGCUAGGAAAACACUGGCAAAGUGUCUGCUGUCAGCAAG